UUCAAGAAAAAUUAAAACUUGGCUUUUCACCCAUUUUGGAAUGAAUUCAUUUCUCUUAGUUCAUAAAGCCACCUUGCUUCAAUUUCUUUAUUUUUCUCUCCAACAACCAUCGCAUACAACGUGACCUUCGGUUAACUAUAAAGAAGAGAGAGGAAGGAGGCGUUCACACUUUAAUAACUGCCACAUGAUUUGCAGCUGUGUUUACUUUUCUGGGCAGCAAAAAGGAACCUCAUUGCUUUUACUUGACAAAUCUUGUUUCAAUCCUUUGUCCCCUUUUCUCACAUUUAUAACAGACCACCACCUUUAAAACAUUUCAAAUUUGAAUUCCUCACUGUCAGACAAAACCCAGAUAACUUUCGAAAUAAAUCCCAUUUUCCCUUUUCUCUUGUAGCACCCCAUAAAUUCUUUCAAGAACAAGGUGGAGAAAUAAGAAGAACUCAAAGAAUGAAUCUUUUGUUUCUGCUGCUGCUGUCAAUUUGGGUUUUGAGUUUUCCUGCAAUUUCUGUUCCACUUGAUGUGAAGCCCGACCCUCCUGCUUCUGACCCGGUUAUCCCCACUGAAAAAGAUCCCUUUUUUAAGAACACUUCUGAUCUGGGAGCACAUUCUCCAGUUGCAGAAGUGAAUGUAGUUCACCACCAGGAUUUAAACAAGAAAAUCCUUGUCGCCCUCGUUGUCUCUUCAUCUCUUCUUGCUGUGAUAUUGCUGCUGUUAUCUUGUUUCUGGAUCUUCAGGCUCAGGAAGAAAUCCAAUGAAAAAUCCCACCAAAAAUCAGAUGGUGCAAAAGGCAUCUCAUUUGGUCCGAUUCUGGACAAGUUCCCUUCAAUGAGAACUGGGGGCAAGAAGGGCUCCAUUGCUGCAAUCGAGUACGAGUUGUUAGUGAAUGCUACUAACAACUUCGAUGAAGCCAAUAUUCUAGGCGAAGGUGGGUUAGGCCGCGUGUACAAAGCUCAAUUCAAUGGCCACUUCCAUGCAGCUGUCAAGAAAAUAUAUGCUGGUGGGCUCGAAGCUGAAAGAGAAUUCGAGAAUGAGGUUGAGUCACUGCGUAAAAUUCAGCAUCAGAAUAUAGUCUCGCUUUUAGGAUAUUGUAUACAUGGUGAAGCGCGUUUUUUAGUUUAUGAAAUGAUGGAGAAUGGAUCUCUGGAACUCCACUUGCAUGGACCUAAUAAAUCAAGAUUGACUUGGCAUCUGAGAAUGAAAAUUGCUCUGGAUGUUGCUAGAGGAUUAGAGUACCUCCAUGAGCGAUGCAACCCUCCCCUGAUCCAUAGAGACCUCAAAUCCUCGAAUAUCCUUCUGGAUUCCAACUUCCAUGCCAAGCUUUCUGAUUUUGGCCUUGCUGUUAUGGAGGGGCACUCCAACAAGGCCAACAUCAAGCUUUCCGGAACUUUGGGCUAUGUAGCUCCAGAAUACCUGCUGGAUGGCAAGCUUACUGACAAGAGUGAUGUAUAUGCAUUCGGAGUGAUUCUUUUGGAGCUUUUGAUGGGAAGAAGGCCGGUCGAGAGAGUAGCUGAAGCUCAAUGCCAAUCUAUAGUCACCUGGGCGAUGCCUCAGCUUACUGACAGAAUGAAGCUCCCAAAUAUCGUUGAUCCCGCCAUAGUAAACACUAUGGAUCUGAAGCAUUUAUAUCAAGUGGCUGCCAUAGCUGUGCUAUGUGUGCAACCGGAGCCGAGUUAUAGACCACUGAUAACGGAUGUCCUGCAUUCUUUCAUACCGCUAGUGCCUGUAGAUCUCGGUGGAUCACUGAGACUGAUGGAUCCUGAUCUGCUAAACUAAGUACAAAAAAGCUUGCUACUCAUACACAAGAUUCAGGAUUAGUAUCAGCAGGAAGCAGGUUUUGGUUCGGUUUGUACAGCGUCUCAAACGAGCAGAUCCGCAAGCUGAGCUAUGUAAGUUACUCGGCGUUCGUGUGCGGGUGUGUGUAUAUAUGGAUUUGGUUCAUAGAGGCACUGAGAGCUGAGUUGAACACAUUGUUGGGACCUCUCUUUUAUCAGAAACUGCACAUUUGAUGUGUGUCAUUUUGAAAAUGGAGUUACAAAGGUUGUAUAUUGCCAACAUCAGGGCAUUAAUAAUGUCAAAAAUCAUACUCUCCAAAUUAUGUUCAUUAUUUUAUUGGUGACACGAGAUUUAAUUUCUUCAA